CUCCAAGUGCCUGAUGAACGCGCUGUCGAAUUCUGUCAUUCGCCAAAAUGUUAACCCCCGAUCGUUGAGAGACCACAAAGGCAACCACUUUUUUCCUUCUGUCUCUGCAUCUGGCGUGGAAUCUUCAGGCUGCCCAGCAUUCGUCGCAACUCGGUAUACGACGUACUCGCACAAGGUGGGUGACGCACCUGACGUAGUAUGCGUCGUAUGCGUAGUAUGCGUGCCAGGUGCAGGGGCCCCAGUUGCUGCCCCGCAGUCCCACUCGAGCCGCCGACGAUCGCCUUCCCCACUCAGGCUGAUCCACCCCGCCCCACCACCACAGGCUCAUCCAAAGCCACUAUCGGAUACAUACUACAGCGGAAGGAGAGUGAACGUGCAGAUAUCACCAGGUAAGUGGGCCUAUAAAGGCUGUUUGCCCGAGCUGGUCACUCUUCUUCCAGCACCCCGUUCCUGAAUCCUACAAACUACACCUGGGAACCUCCCCGACAACAACCGCAAUGGACGCCCAUCACCACGACAUGCCAAAUAUAUCUGGAGUCUUCCAAAUGGAAGCUCUGCGCUAUGUGCGCACCGGGCAUCCGCUACUAGACGCCCUCCUCUUCUCACUCUUCACGUUCCUGCUAUCCAAACUUUUCAACUCCGCCCAGUACAUUGCGUUCAUACAACAGUGGUGUCGGCGAGCGCAGUUGAACAAACCGCAAAUCACCUACGUGAUCGAAAGCCAACAACCGGUCAGCGAAGCGAGCGAGGAUUCGUAUAGAGACGGGGUCCCAAACAAGCUGUACUUUGCGCUUGCCUGGUAUCUGCGAAAGAACAACGCCAUCAAGGGCUACGCCGACUCGUACAAAGUCGUGGCGAAGGAUUUCUAUGGCGGCGAGGGCGAGGAUGUGGACGAAUGUGUCUUGAUUCCCACUGCCGAUUUCACCAUAGAUCACAAAGGGAUUCUCAUCUCUGGACGAUACAAUCACUCAGAGGACGACGCCGGGAAGCUUGUUAAAGACGCAUUUGAGCUGAGCAUAGAUCACGACCUGGCGACAGAGAUGGACCCGUUUCUGCAAGGCGUGGUGCGGGCGUUCAAGGCGUAUACGAGGAAGGUACAGAGCGGUCAGAAGAUUUUUACGCUCACAAGUCAGUACAACAACGACGACAAGCUGCAUUGGAUUUCGAAUGACUUCCACUGCAGGACGUCGCUUUCCAACAUCAUCUUGAAAGAUCAUUUUGAGGAAGAUCUAGGUAAUGACAUUGAUACAUUUCUUGCAAGUCGAGAACUGCACAACAAGCUUGGAAAAUGCUGGAAACGCGGCUACCUGUUCUACGGACCUCCGGGAACGGGCAAAACAUCACUAGUCAAAGCCAUCGCCAGCAAAACACAGUACGACAUUUACAACGUAAAACUUUCCCGCUUCAAAUCCGACAUCAACAUGGAAACUCUUCUACGGACCAUCCCCAGCAAGUCCAUUGUUCUCUUCGAAGACGUCGACUGCAUGGGCACCGUGGUGCACAAGCGAUCAUCGGGGGUGGAGACCACGGAACCGGACGCCUUGAAAAGCGAUGGAAGCGGCGCAUCGGAUGCAGCAUCGGAACCAGUAUCAAGGAAGAAGAAAUCAGCCAAACAGAAGUCGGAAAAGAAGAAGCCGCCCCUCAACCGCCAAGGCCCAACCCUCUCCACCCUCCUCAACUUCCUCGACGGCAUCAACAGUCCCGAAGGCAUCAUCGUGCUCAUGACCACCAACCACGUCGAGAAGCUAGACCCGGCCCUGCUCCGCGACGGGCGCAUCGAUUUCAGGAUCCCCCUCGACCACUGCACACGGCAGCAGAUUCGGGAUCUUGCGGAGCGGUACAUUGGCGUAAGGCCCGCCGAAGAGGAUCUGGCGGGUGUACCGGAUUAUAGCUUGAGCCCAGCGACGGUUACGAAGGUGUUGACGGAGUUGGCGUUUCAGCAGAUGAAAUGCCCGACGGCGGGGGAUGGUGAGACAUUACGGCCUGUUCUAAAGAAGCUGCUGCUGGCAGAGCUUUCAAGCAGAUGACGGAGCCACGACACACACAUAUAUAUAGAUUUUUAUUGGGGCUGCAAGUUUGUCAUAUCUUUCUGACACGCUAAUCCUACUUGUACAUGUACAUACAUCUAUUUAUUAUUCAAUCGCAAAUACGAGGCUGAGAUGAAAUCGCUCGGCAUCACAGAAC